AUGUCGAGCAUUGACGAGAUUGGCUACCCACCUCAAAGGAUAUCCACACCAGAUUCCAAGCCCACUCGGUACGUACAAGUGAAAGGGCCAACCAAAUCACCGCCGCCGUUAUUGAUGCCAAAACCUGUCCAUGCCGUGGCUCCCACCCAGAAAUUAGUUCAACAACAACAAAAACAAACAAGCUCUACCACCACCACAUCUUCUACAACUGUCACCGCCACACGUACAACAUCCAUUCUUGUCAAGAAGAAACCAUCAUUAGCUAACAUGAAUAACCAUCACCAACAACAACAACAACAACAGCAACAAGAUCAUCAUCAGCAACAUCAGCCACAACAACAGCAACAGCAGCAGCCGUCUUCUUCAAUGCCACCUGUUGUAUCAUCCUCCUCAGCACCUACAACUUCUCAAGUACAAAAGCCCAUCACUGUAUCAGAAUCACAUCCUCCAUCUGCUCCCACAACAUCUGUUGUCAAUGCGGGUAAACAACCUGUUGGAGGAAAUAAGGUUACUUUUGAAGCUGGUGUUGCCAACCCUCACCACCACCAUCACCAACAUGAUUCAUCAUCAUCCGCUGCUGCCAUGCCAAGCAACAACAAUGCUAAUGCCACCGCUGCCAAUAUACUCAGCAACAAGUUUUCAGCCGAGUACCAAGCCAUUAUACAGCAAAAUGAAAUGCUACGCCAUCAAGUGCAAAUGCUUACAAGGGAAAAGAUGGAAAUGGAACGUGAACGUCAUGUGGUAGUGGAUAGGUUAGAGCAACUUGAAAGGGAGAUGCGGAAACAUUGUCGUAUUGCAGCUGCUCGUAUGCGUAAUCAACAACAACAACCACAACCUGAUAUGAUGGAUGAUCCCAUGGAUGAAUCAACAGGUGGUGCUAGCACCCAACAAUCUGCCAACAUUAACAUGACCCAUUCUCGUUCUGAUCCAACUACUUUACUUUCACCACGUCGACGUCGUUCAACACCUUCCAAUUCUCGUAAUUCAACAAGUCGCCAACGUCAUCAGCAUCAUGCUAGAAGUAAAAGUGUCCCUCGAGAUGACGCGUAUUGGCGAGUUGGACCAGGUGGCGGUGGUGGUAUAAGAGGAAACAAUCGAGCUCGCUAUAUGGAUGACUAUUACGAAGAUAGUGCUGCCAGCUAUGAUUAUUAUUCACAACAAGAUGAUGAGGAUGAGAGUGAAAUUGAAGGUUGGCCUGAAGAUGAAGAGGACGAUGAGGAUGAGGAGGAUGAAGAGGAUUAUCGUAGACCAAGGCUUUUUCAUCAUCAUCAUCAUCCACCAAGACGUCGUCGUUCAUUGUCAUCUGCUCGUGUACCACCACCACCGCCACCAAUGAUCCCACGACCUAAUGCUGCAGCUGCAGCUGCUGCCGGUAUACCACCCAUGGUACCACCUCAUCCAAGGUAUCCUCCCAUGAUGGGUCCUCCACCACCUCCUCCAAUGUCUAUGGCUGGUUCAUUAGGUCGUAAUCCAAAUCGUAGAUCAGUAAGACAACGAAGAUCAGGGUCACUUGGUUAUUCUUCAGCACCACGUUGGCGUGGCGGUAACACUUAUGGAGCUCCACCACCACCACCACCAGAAGAUGAAUACAUGUGGGAUCAAUACGAAGACGAUUAUAAUGAUUACCCACCUCCAUCAAGAUAUAGUAGGCGAUCAGCUGGUCGAUCGCGUUAUUAUGGAUAG